CGACCGCCAGCGCCGCGCCGACCACCAGCAGCUGAAGCAGGCGCACGCCGCGCUGCAGCACAAAAUGUCAGCGUGGCGCGGCAGCGAGCGCUCGACGGCGUCGCUGGAGCGGCGGCUGGGCGAGGAGCGGCGCGCGCGCUCGCACGUCGAGAGCCAGCUGCAGCGCCAGCGCAGCGCCCGCCAGGACAGCGGUGAAUGCGAGAACUCGUGGUGCGUGUCGCGGCGGGCCGCGGCGGAGAGCGAGACAGCUACAUUACGCCGCGACUUGCAACGCGCGCGUGAAGCCGCCACUGCGUUACAGAGGGAUCUCAACCAAGCCACGGAGCAGGUUCGCAACCUCGAAACCCGUGAGCGGCAAGACGAGUCGAACGCGUCAAGCGCGAACGGACGUAUGGCCGGCGCGCUCACGGCGUUACACGAGCGUGCGGCGCACUUGGAACGCGCGCUGUCGGCCGAGACGCGCGUCAAGCUCGACCUGCUCUCCGCGCUCGGCGACGCCAAGCGACACAUGCAGAUACAGCAAGCCCUGUGUGACGUCACACUCGGCACAUGUAGACACACGGCGUUACACGAGCGUGCGGCGCACUUGGAGCGCGCGCUGUCGGCCGAGACGCGCGUCAAGCUCGACCUGCUCUCCGCGCUCGGCGACGCCAAGCGACACAUGCAGAUACAGCAAGGUAGGCGUGGGUGUGACACGAGCCCUGUGUGA